CAUAAACAUUAAAGAUUACUUCAGAACAAGAGAAACCGCACAUUUAGCACUUCUCGCAUAAUUUACAUGACCUCAUGUCGAUAUAGAAAAGUCGAGGACAUCCUUCUGAAUGUUGUUAAAUCAGAUGACAGGGUAGCAGCUAAAAUGGCAAGAUAUAUGGACCCCAGUAAGGACGAGAAACAACUUUCGAAAAUUGAGUUUCUAUCUCAGUUUUGCGAAGAUGAAGAGCUUUUCCUUGGCAAGAGAGAAGUGUCAUAUGCAUCACUGACACUGGGUCUGAAGGCAAAUGCUAAUGCCAUUGGUAAUUGUGCCAUGGUUGCAACUUCAGCAAUGUCUUCAUAUGUAAGAAGGGGUGCUGUCGGGUGAUAGAUGCUGAGACAAUUAUCGCAAGUACCAAGAAGAUGCUGGUCUGUGAAUAGUGCAACCUGGGUCUGCAAUCCAUCCUUGCAAAGACUAGAAUCCAUACAGCCAGCCAGGAUGACCAGCAGUGAAAGCGGACCAAAAGAAUGCAAGGUGAUACAAGAGACAGAAUUAACAAGAGGAAAAUGGUUAUAUUUGAGUAACCAUCAUUGGACUGAUCACACAGGAAGAAAGAGAAUAUGGGAAGUUGUUGGCAGAACUACCAAGGGCCCUCAAGAUCAAGAUUGUGUUGCUGUGGUAGCCACAGUUAGUAGGUCUGGACAUCCUGAUGCAAUGGUGCUCAUAAAGCAAUUUAGACCACCACUGAAAUCUUACACCAUUGAAAUGCCUGCAGGGCUUGUUGACAAUGGUGAAACUAUAGAAACUGCUGCAUUAAGAGAACUCAAAGAAGAAACUGGAUAUAGUGGGUCUAUUACUGGCAUAGGUAGAAAUGUUUCAUUAGAUCCAGGAAUGUCAAGUGCAACUAUGAAGAUUGUUACGGUAAAAGUUAAUGGUGAUGAUGCAGUGAACAAGGAUGUUUCCAGAGUGUGUGGUAUACAAGGAGAACACAUAGAAGUAAUUCUUGUGCCAAUGAACUCUCUCCAGAAGUGUUUGAUGGACUUUGCAGCUGAUGGGCUAAUCAUUGAUUCAAGAGUAGAGGCUUUUGCUCUUGGUUUUGCACUGACCUCAGAGAAAAUUAUAUAACAUGUAGCUCAAUAUUGUAUUUGUAGUAAAAUUGAAGAGAAAAGUGUGAAUCAAGAAUAAAUAUACAUUUUAAUUGUAUUGCCAUUUCUUUCUCACAAUUAUUAUUUCUACAUUUUAGUAAUAGAACAGAAACUAUGGGACGUUAUCUGCUUCGCUUCUACCACAGUACUUCUAUGCACAAGUGUAAUUUUAAUUUCAUGAUCUUCCAUGGAAAGUAAUUAAGUUGUACCAUCUCCUUUAUCUAAAGUAGACCAUUGGAUGUAUAAAAUCCAAGCAAGAACAUACUGUAGAUUUGAUGAAAACAAAAGUAACAGUUCAUUGUACAGUAUGGGCACUUUUUUUUUUUUUCUUAAUGGUUCUGAUCAGCUUCAUUUAAUUAUAUUAGCAACUGGGCAAGUAGAUUGAUAUAAUAAAUAAUAAAGAACCUCUAUUAUGAAUUUUUGGUUAGUUACUUUGGAUUUCACACAUUUUUAAACUACAGUCUAAGCAGAUUUUUAAAAAUAAGUAUGUGAUAGCCUAUUACAGCUGUAGCAUUAAUGUUUACUGGAAUACUAUUUUGAAAGUUUUGGGAAACUACUAUUUAUAGAUUUAUUUUACUUUGUUUAUUCCUUUCUUUAGUUGAUUACUAACAUACAUAUUUUUAAAGAACUAACCUGUUGGAUGUACUAUGUAUGGGCAUUUGUCGUGUGUGCACGUGUGUGAAUAUGCUCAUUUUGUGUGAGAGAUGCAUGCUGCAUAAAUUGUUUGGGUGCAUCUACUCUCUCCCUCUCUCUCUCUCUCUAUAUAUAUAUAUAUGCAGAUUUAUAUUUUCAUAGUGACAUUUAUUUAUGUUCAUGCAAUUGAAAGGGUUUCCACAAAAUUUGCACUGUUAUUAUAUAUGAUGUGCAUAAAUUUUUAGUGUCCAUUAUAAUUCCAAUUAACUUUUAUUCUCCCACAAAUAAUUCAUUAUUUUACUACCAUUUUUGAUAGCUCUUUUUUAUUUAAAGUUUAAGUUAACUAUGGACUAUAAUGAAUUGAUAAAAUAAUAUAAUGUUAAAGUUACUAAGCUGGAGAAUAAUUGUUAACUUCAAUUAUCCAUUUUCUCAAAAGAUUUUACUGCUAGCUUUUCUGUAAGUUUUACAACUUAAAUGAUAUAUGAAAUAAAGAAUAUGUUUUAAAGAAGCAAUACCAUUUAAAGUGUUUCAGUCCUGUAUUUCUAAUGUAGACCUUAUGAUAUUGGAGACACUGACAAACAUUUUCUUCCUAGAGCAAUUCCCCCCCCUCUUUGUAUACUUAAAAUCCUU